AUGCAACAUAUUGCAAGAGUUACCGGCGAUGCAGGUCUCUGUGGGACAACUCGCCGGGAGUCCGCGAGUCAAAGCCCGCUGGAGCAGUUCGCUGCUACUCUGUCCCAGGGAGUCCGACCUCUGGAUGAAGCAUGUGAGGCAGCCUUCACAAUGUAUACUUUACCACUGGAGGCCUUCAUGAAACUGUCUGUCGUCAAGGCGCAUGAGGAGCUGCUGCGCAGCGGCGACCUUGUCGAGUUUGAGAGGACUCAUGGACAUGCAGUCUUCGUGUCGCACCAGUGGCUUGCUGAUGAGCAUCCUGACCCGGCCGGGCAGCAGCUGAAAGUUCUGCAAGAUGCUCUGAGAAACAUGUUGUCUGGCAAGAGCCAGAUCGUCGUUCCGCCGGUGGUUGAAUUGUUUGCGGGGCGCGUCUCUGCGCCAGCAGCAUCGGAACUACGUGCCAAGCCGCUGUUCAUCUGGUACGACUAUUUCUCCUGCCCGCAAUCCUGCGCGGAUCGCCAGGCAUCUGCAAUCAGAAGCAUCAACUCUUACGUGGCUCGCAGUGCGUACUUCAUGGUCUUGUGUCCUGCGCUGAAGCACCAGCAGCACGGGGGAAUCCUGAGCCAGGCGACCUGGGGUGGAAGGGGUUGGUGCAGAGCCGAGAGAAUGUCGCGCGAGCUGGGCCACAUUGACAGCAGUCUUAUUGUUGUGGAAAGCGCCACACACCAGACCCUGCUGCCAGAAUUCACUUCCUUCUUGUACUCUGUCGGAGAUGGGGCUUUCACUCAUGAGGAAGACCGCCAACGCGUGAGCACCAUCAUCGUGCAGAUGGUCUGGAGCAAGUUGCUGUACUACCUCUCGCAGGGCGAAUUGCACAAUUAUCGCUUCCUCUUGAACCAGCAGUCGGUGCGCUUUGCCAAGCUCACGGCUGACCAUAUUGACAUGGCCAUUCCAGGCUUCACCACGGAGGUGGAUCCCUUUGCCGAUCCCGGACGAUUUCUGCUCGAUCGCUUUCUGCAUCAGAAUGGCUUUCGUGGGAUUUUUGACCGCGACAAGGCCGGUUGGUCGCCUCUGUGUUUCGCCGCUAUGGAUGGUCGUCCCUUGCUCAUCACGGCCCUGCUGCAGCAAAGAGCUGAUCCGAACGACAGGACCAGCAAGGGAAAGUUGGAGGCUCUGCUGCCAAAGCACAUGCCGGUUCUAUCCAUCGCAGCAUGCUACAAAAGAAACGAUGCCGUCUCGCUGCUCUUGGCGGCUCGUGCGUGGCCGAACAGUCGGGAUGGCCGGAAAGCCACUGCGCUACAUUGGGCAAGCAUCGCGGACAAUGCCGAAGGAAUCCGGCUCCUCUGUCAGGGCGGUGCAGACCUCACGAUGCAGGCCUUUCCCGAGCUUGUGCCGCUCCUGGCGGCAUGCGCAGAAGGGGCCGUGGCUGCGCUGCAGGAGAUCUUGCUUCAGGUGCCCAACCACAGCUUGCAGCAUGGCUUGCACUUCGCCUUCAUCAUGCGCGGAGGUUCACCAAACCUCGUGUCCGCCUUGAUCCAGGGUCGGGCGGACAUCAACGAGCAGUUCGACAUCCAAUGGUCAAAGCAGCCAUCCUGGUGGAUACUGUUCAGGAUUUCCCAGAUACGGCGAACCACACGCGAUUCCCGACUCAGCUUACUCGCCUACCACCACUCGCGCGCCACGCCCCUGAUGCUGAGCAUUCUCUGUGGCUCCUUCGGAGCUGCGUACGUCCUGCUCGCAGCAGGCGCGCGCGUGGACCUGCGCAACUCGCGCGGGAAGACAGCCCAAGAUCUGGCAAAGGAGGCGUGGGCAUGGGACCUGCGAAAGACUUCGAAGGUGUAG